AUGAAAAACUUGGUGUGUCGUGUGUGCCAGAAAGCCUUCUCCAAGGCUGAGCAUUUGAGGCCAUUCAUCUGCAAAAGGUGUAACCGACCAUUUGCUCGUCAAGAUGCCCUAGCAAGACACGAGAAAUUACACACUCGUGUGCCAGCCGCCAAGGUGACUCAGGGGCAAGACCCCCAUGAAACUCUGUCCCAGACCACCGACGCAGAGACGCUCUCCAGUUGGGAGACCACCAAGGUACCCCUCGAGUCCCCAGCGUCAGUCAAUGUGCCGACUCAAUCAUGGGGAGAGCCGCUGUGCAAUCAGGAUGCGCGAGAGCCCACAGCUCCGGAUCUGGACUUGGCCCUAAUCUGGCCAGACUCGGAGGACCUGUUCCAAAGUAUCAUAUCGUCUGAUACCACUGACCAAUGGCAAAUGCCUCUGGGAACGCACCCCUUCCCACCAGUCGUGCAGGACUUCAACUCGUUCAAUCUUGGGUCUCCCAACUCGUUCGACAAUCGAUCCUCCUCUAUUGGUGCCAUUCCGUCUGGGGGAAGUCACCAGGCUGUUCGUGAUGUAACGGAGAUGGUAAACACCUCGUCCUCGAGUGUGACGGCAGCGGUCAAAGCUACAUCAAUUACAUCUGUCUUCCUAGAUGAGUGCCUGCAUAUGUUCUUUGUGCGAUUCAUCCCUACGUUUCCCAUUCUCCAUCGAGCAACGUUCGUCUUCCGAGAAAGCACCCACCCACUACUCCUUAAUGCAAUGGCUCUUGGGUCUCUGUACUUGGGGCCAAAGGACUCUGUUACGAAGGGCGAAGCUCUGUGGCAUCUCGCACACACAGCAGUUGCAACGUCGUGGCAAUCGCUGAUUACACACCGCGGGCCGUAUGAUGCAUGCAGAGGAGUCCAGCUUCUCAUCACUGCCCUCCUGGGCCAGAUCUACGGCGCGUUGUCCAAGAACAGAAUCAUCCGCACUACGAGCCAGGUCUUCCGGCCGAUGGGCUUCUCCUGGGCGAGACACUGUGGCAUGGUAGAUAGUGCGCCCUUUUCUAUGGACGAUGUUCCAUGUCCGGACACACCUGGUAUCGACAAAGACCACCAAUGGCGUACCUGGGCGGCAAGAGAGAUCCAACAACGUGCUUUGCUUGCCUAUCAUAUCCUAGAUGGUCUUGUAGCCCAGAUGUCUGGUGACGGCGCAUCCACGCGCCAUCUAGCCAAUCCACUCGUUCUCCCCAGCUCCGAGGCAGCAUUUGAUGCGAGCAAUCCGGACGAGUGGCUAGUGCACAUGCGCAGCCAGAAGACUGAACAGUUUUCAUUCCGACUGGUCUUUCGCUCAUUGUUUCCCACCGAUGGUAGUCUUCGGCCCCUGGACUACCAACUGUCUGCUCUGGGCCUCCGUGUAGUUCUCGAGGGUCUACAGUCUCUCGUAUCGGACUUGGACGAGAGUGACUAUGCCGCGGUUGGGGUUCCGGAUCGCUCCAGUGUACGGAAGGCGUUGGCCCAUGUGCAUGAGACUAUAUCUAUGAGCAUUUGCUUGUCUAAUCCUGAAAAGCUGGAGGUGCUUUUGCGAUGGCAUACCAUAUGUCUAGAUACAAUGAUUAACUCUACCAUUCUUUGCAGGCAUGUCUGCUCUCGAUAUAACAUCCCUCAGCAUGUCUCUGCGGGUUCUCGAGCAACAAAGCCAGGGUUUGACAUCGCCAAGUGGAUCAAUACACAGGAUGCCCGCCGAUCUCUUCUCCAUGCAAUUGCAAUUCAGGAUAUAAUUGAGCAGCUCCCUCGGGGCCGAGCGCACGUUAUCCACAUGCCCAGCUCACUUUUCGCUGCGGCGACUAUUUACGUGGUCUUCUCCCUCGCGGGGGUCGCCACGGUUCAUCUUCCACACACCAUUGUGUGGCAGGAUGCUCUUUUGUCUGACGCUGAUCUGAAUCUGGGGUCCCACAGCGUCCAAACCCUGAUGCGGACCGAAACCAAACGGUUUGUGGAGGAAGGGCAAACGGAUAGCUUAUCUGGCGUCGGGGCUGCGCGAAACCUCCUGUACGAAAUGAACUCCAUGCAGAAGCUAUUCCGUUGCUUGAUUUCCCAGUGGGGAAUCGCUCAUGACAUGGAGGAAAUUGUUGACCGGUGGAUCAGCCUUUGCCACUGA